ACGGCAUGGGGGCCAUCGCGUGGAACAGGCGCUAAAGCAAGGGUCCCCGAGUCGGCAGAGCCAAGACCAGAUAAUCUGGCUGUAAUUUCCACGCCUACGCGCGAAUCUACAGCCAGCCGAAUGUUAUCUGGAGUCUCGACCUUCAAUCCUCGUCUUUCCUCUUCCCCGAGUCGGAUCGCCAGCAUGGUUUCGUAGCCGUCUGCAACACCCAUUCGCCCUCCACAACUGCCCCAUCCCCCCUUCGCGAUCCCUCACAAGUGGCCUCUUUGAAGCCACACACCCCCCUCCCCCAAUCCACAAUGCACUUCGCCCUGCCCCCCCGCAAAACGUCGCGGCCACCGCCCUAUGCCGCACGGAACCAGGGCGGCAUAUCCCUCCCGCCGGCGCUGAGGAACUUGCUACGGAGCAGAUUGCGCCUGGCCGUCGUUGGCGUACUGGCCUUAAUCACAUUGCUCUGGCUGAGAGGGGGGUCUCGCGGCGCAAGGGGAGCGGUAGAUCUGCCCAAGGUCGCGAUAGGGAGCGGCCCGCCCGUCGUCAUCGUCACGGUGCUAGACCCCAAGGCCAACCCGGCAUGGGCCCAGAAGAUCAGGACGAACAGGGAGGACUAUGCGAAGAGACAUGGCUACCUAACCUUCUUCCCCACACCCACGCAAUACGACCUCAAACGCGCACCCCCAACCUGGUCCCGCGUCCCCGCCCUCCGCCACGCAAUGACCCUACACCCCGGCUCAACAUUCUUCUGGUACCUCGACAGCAGCGCGCUGAUCAUGACGCCCACGCUCAACCUGCAAACCCACCUCCUCGACCCCACACGCCUCGAGAACCUCAUGAUCACAAACACCCCCGUCGUGCCGCCCGACAGCGUAAUCAAGACCUUCGCCAACAUAAAAGGGUCGCGCAUCGACCUGAUCGUAACGCAGGACAAGGAGGGUCUAGCGCCCACCAGCUUCGUAGUGCGGAAUGGCGAGUGGGCAAAGUUCUUCCUCGAUGCUUGGUUCGACCCGAUUUAUCGCAGCUAUAACUUUCAGAAGGCGGAGACGCAUGCGUUGGAGCAUAUCGUGCAAUGGCACGGCACCAUGCUCGCCAAACUCGCCCUCGUCCCCCAAAACACAUUCAAUUCCUAUGCGUCGGGCCCUGCGAGCGAGCACGACGGCCAGUUCAAGGAGGGCGAUCUUGUCGCGACGUUUCCUGGCUGCGAUCGCGAUGGGCGGAGCUGCGAGACGGAACAGCAGCCGUAUUUCGAGAGGCUGGAGAGGGCGUAGACUGUGUCUUUGAAGAAAUUAUCGAGGUGGCGGUGGAUACUUAGAGGAGGGGAGGGGGGGUUUGGGCGGCAUGAAAUGGAGAUUGUUAGGGUUGGGAUUUACGGCGAAAAGAGGCGUUGGUUGGUUGGUUGGUUGGUUGGUUGAUGUAGUUUCCAGGUUGAGAAAGAGUGUAUGUACAUGUACAGAUAGACAUCUAACACGACCAUAUCACAUCAUAUCACGGCGUAACGUGUAUUCCAUAUAUCAAGCAAGACGAGUAGAG